AUGCCGCAAUGGAACUUGGUGUCCAUGAAUUCGCUCUUGGCGGCAUUUGUGGAGAGGAAAUCUGAGCUUGGUGCUCGUGAUUUCUUCGCGGUGAUGCCAUCUAGGAACAUCAUCUCCUGGACGACGAUGAUUCGCUGCGGCACAGAUUGCCGCGCUCUGUUUGAUCGAAUUCCAGCGAGAAAUCUUGUGUCAUGGAACGCAGCGCUCACGGAAUUUGCAAGAUUGGGGGAUUCCAAUCUCGUGUGUGGGCUCUUUGAUCGAAUGCCGGAGAGGGAUCUCGUUUCCUGGACGACCCUUCUCGCGGCUCUCGCGGAAGAAAGCGCCAGUGAUCUCCUCAAGAUCUUCGCCAGGAUGCCACUUCACGAUCUAGUUUCUUCCACUGUGGCGAUCUCUCGCCUCCCGACGGAUGAAGUACUGCGAAUUCUUGAAUCCAUGCCGAUCCAUGAUGCCGCUCCUUGGAAUGCGAUCUUGGGUUCUUACUUGCGCGAUGGAGAUCGAUUGAGCGCCUACAGGCUCUUUGAUCGGAUGCCUCUGCGAAAUCUAAUCUCUUGGAAUACGCUCCUUACAGCAUCCAUCGAAGAAGGAAGUUCCCCAUUGGAAAGAAUAUUCCACUCCAUGCCCAAGAGGAAUAGCGUCUCUUGGAACGCUCUUCUUGCAGCAUAUGCCCAAAGAGGGCAAAUGUCCCAGGCAGCGAACGUCCUGGAUUUAAUGCCGGAGAGAUCCGUUGUAUCGUGGACGGUCAUGAUCCUAGCCUGCUGUGCGUGCGUGGAUUCCGCCACGUGGAUGCUCCAGAGCAUGCCAGCGCACAGCCUAGUGACGUGGACAACUAUGCUUGCGGUAUAUGCCCAGUUGGGGCAUCCAGAUCGUGCGAAGAUUUUGUUUGACAAGAUGCCGUACAGGGAUCUCGUCUGCUGGAACACACUAAUCGCUGCGUACGGGCAUGGCGGGGAGGUCGAUCUUGUGCCUCGCGUCUUCGAUUUGAUGCCAAUGCGCGACUUAAUCGCGUGGUCGGCUUGUAUCGCCGCGAAUUCCUGCUGUGGGCGGCUUUGGGAUUCCUUUAGCCUCUUCUGGGCGAUGGUGCUCCAGGGAAUCGCGCCCAAUGAAGUGGUUCUUCAAUGCAUUCUCUCGUGCUGUAGUCACGCAGGGGAUCUCGACGCUGGGAUCCAUUGCUUUCGAUCGAUGAUCGUGGAUCACGCAUUGGAUCUUUCAAAAGAACACUAUAGCUGCAUUGUCGAUCUCCUCGGCCGCGCUGGACAAUUAGGGCCCGCGCGCGAUCUCCUAGAACACAUGCCAUUCGUCCCCGACGUGGAAUGGACGAGCUUAACGAUCCACCACUAUUCGUCGCACACGUGGCGGGCGGGCAAAUGGAGCCUAAUCCUGCCACCUGGACAAAUCGUAUUGGAUGCUGCGUUUGCUUGA